AGAAAGGAGUACAGGAAAAGAUAAAGUUGAUUCUAUGUUCUGUCCACACCAAAAUCAAAGAUGACUGAAAAAUUCAAACUUAAUGUUAUCUUGAAAGUUGGCUGUCAUGAAAAGAACAAAACCAUAAAAUUAUUUUAGAUAUUUUGGGGCCAAAUGUUAAAGAGGGCGAGAUUUGAGUUUGACACUUAAUUUACAAAAAUUAGGUAAAAAUGUGAGGUUCUAGUUUUUAAUGACCUGUUACAUAUUUACUGUUCUGACAUCUGUAGGAAUCUUUAUGACACGGUGGAGCAGUGGUUAGACCUGUGGCCUCACAGGAAGAAGGUUUCAGGUUUGCUUCCUGCCUGGAGUCUUUCUGUGUGUGUUUCUAACACCUCCUCACUUCUUUAGGUCACCAUGACGCAGCUUCUCCUCCUGUGUCUGCUCCUCUUCUCUGGAGGUCAGARGUCAUCGGCAUGCCCCGGCCCCUGCUCCUGUGCGGGCAGCCAGGUGAACUGCAGCAGCAGGUCGCUCACCUCCGCGCCCACUGGCUUCCCUGCAGAGACCACCCAAAUCCUCCUCCACGACAACCUGCUGACCUCCCUCCCCAACGGGCUCCUGGACCACCUGGCCUCCCUGCGCCACGUCUCCCUGCACGGUAACCCCUGGGUGUGCGACUGCGGCGUCCUCUACCUGCGCUCCCUGCUCAGGCGUCACUCCCUCCUCGUGGCGUCCCACCCGGGGGUCAACUGCAGCUCCCCCGCCGGUCUGAGGGGCCGGCUGGUGGCRUACCUGACAGAGGAGGAGGUGCUGGACUCCUGCCAGUACUGGUACUGUGACCUGGCCCUGGCCUCGGUGCUGUCCCUCUUUGUGUUCGUGGGGUUUCAGGCGGGUCUGCUGGUGGCCGUCAUCAUCUUCCUGAAGAGGUUUGAGCGGCUCUCCAAGGAGGCGAAACGGACCACAGAGGAGAGCUUCACGGCCGGGGACAAUCACAGAGAGAAUGAUUACGAGCGUUUGAAGGACAGCAGCAUCUGAGCUGGUAAUCCUGUCUUUACUGUAGAAUAAAAUCUGUUUAACAAAGAGAUUUACCGUGCAGAUUAUAUAAAUCAUAUUAAAAAACAACUAGAUAUAAAUCCAAUGGGAACAUUCUGGACUGUAAAGCUUUGAGUGGGAUCUAAACCUUUAUAAAACUCAUAGUUUUUUGUUAUGUGUGAUUAAAUAGCCUACUAUAAAUGUUUUUACACUUAGCAGAGAAACUAUAUGAAUAUAUAUUUGAUUUAUAACAUACAUAUCUGAUUCAAAAACGCUUCUUGGAUGUGAUUAUUAUAGAGAACAAUUACUUAUUUUUUUCUUCAAUAAAUUAACAAAAUGUCGAAUAUGUGUUUGAUAACGUUUCUUUUGUUAAAAAUCUAAUAAAAAUGAGUUCAUCAAA